AUGAAAAAGAGCAGGCAAGGGCAGUUACUCACACGCGACCGCGCGCUAGAAAACAUGGUCGCAAUGCGGGCAAUUCAAGAAAGGGCAAUUUAUCAAUUCACUGAGAGACGCAGGAUGGGUGUCGACAUUGAAACUAUCAAAGCUGGAGAUGGCUCAACGUUCCCUAAAACCGGUCAAACUGUUACAUGCCAUUACGUACUCACUCUACAAAAUGGAAAGAAGGUUGAUAGCUCACGCGAUCGUGGAUCUCCCUUCAAGUUCAAAAUUGGCAAAGGUGAAGUUAUCAAAGGUUGGGAUCAAGGUGUGGCACAGAUGUCCAUAGGACAGCGUGCUAAACUGACCAUCUCUCCCGAUCUCGGUUACGGUGCUGGUGGCGUUCCCGGCGCCAUUCCACCAAAUUCGACUUUGAUUUUUGACGUGGAGUUGAUAAGCGUUGCAUAAUGAGCUGGAGAAUCUAUCUCUACUUAAGAUCUUGAGAUUAUGAGCGGUACAAUCUCUUUUUGUUUAAAUUAUUC